AGUAGACGAAUAGACUACUUAGUUUAUGUAAGUAAUCGUGGUAAAGUUCAGUGAUAACGUGCAUCGUGCGCGAAUAACAAGAUAACAAGUUCUGAACGUUAUGUGCAUAUUAUUAUUAUAAAAAACAAUUAGUUAUGUCUGGAUAGGUAUUUACUGUUGAACGUAAUUUUGUGGAUAUUCUCGUAAUGCUCGGAGAAAAUCAGUACUCAGCCCGAGAAUGCUAAAACCACCUGGUGAUGACAUAGAAAACUCCCCAGCCAAUUCAGUCACAUCGGUGAAUUCUAUAGCGAGUUUAUUGAAAGAAAAAAUUCAGAAUUUACCGCAAACUAUUCGUAAGAAGAAAAGUCCUGAAUACAAAACCAAAAUCUUCGUAACUCUUCUGUUUAUCACAAUCGUAAUUUUAAUAGUAACAGCGUAUUUUCUGUAUAAUCAAAAAGUGUUGGCAAAAGCUUACUUCGAAAGGAUCAAGUUCAACAAAGUGAAGAGGUUAAUGAAAAUACAUAACAAUGAAGGUGUAGAAAUUGUUCAUGCCUCGUUAGGAAUUAAUUUGGAUUAUGAUACCGUUCUACCCUGCCUUCCAAUCGAUAAUAAAGAUGAUGGGAGUCUGUGUUUGGAAUGGAUGCACAGGGCCAGGUUGUAUUUGAAUUUCCACAACUUUGGAGACGAUUUGAAGUGCUACAAUCUUCGAUGGAUUUCUUUGAAUGAAAACAUACCUCUGACGGAUUGCUUCGACAUGAGUAACAGUCAUUGGUACGGGGGAGGCCAAACAGCGGAAUCUGCUUGGCCUUUAGAGAAAGCAAAUCAUUUUUUCCAACCGUUUAUCACUGGAGAAGUUGAGAAGCAUGAAUGGGGAAAUGUCUUGAAACGAUAUUUCAUCAAUUCAAAGGGAGCGGCAAUCAUCAUAGAUGAAAAAACACCCUUAUACGUAUCAAUACGAGAUCAUCCAAUGAAAGAGUUUUGUAUCAGAGCCCAGUACGACAACUUUGCAUACUUCAACAGAUUUACUGAAACAGCUCAGAUGAAUUACAGUAUUUGCAUCAAUUCCAACAUGUCCCAGUUGCAUGCACAACUUAGUGAACACACUUUGUGGGACGGAUUAAAGAAAGAAGACGGGAAUAUCAUCGACUCAUUACUGACGGAACCUCUUUGGGAAAUCACUUCGCUCACAAAGCAAACCCUGACAGAAGGUAUUUCAAAAUAUUUUUUCCAUUUUUGAAAAAGAAUUAUGCAG